GGCAGAUACUGUAUUAUUUGCGAAGAGAAAUGCCAAAAUGAUGAGUUGAGUUUAACCCAACGGAGAAUGGGCCACUUUAUCAGUAUCGGGUCCUAAUGCACUUGCUGGACUGCCCUUCGGGGAAUGGGCCAUCAGAAUGUAUCCCUUUCCUGUCUCCUCCUUGUGCCUUUGCUGUUAUAUCACUUUCGUUGUCUUCCACUCUCCCCCAACACAUGCUGCCUGCUCUCUGCACAACAUGGAGGAUGUCAGCUCUGGAGAUGAGCUGACCUGGGCUGUGCAUCUGGACUCAUCAGGUUCCAGUGGACAAAAGGAGAAAAUGGAUGCCUUUGCAGAGCAACUUUCCAGAUCCACAGGACUACAGAACCGAGGUGUUAUAGGGGAGCUAAAGGACCAUUACCUAUUUGCCUACAGGGGAAGUAUUCAAUGCCAAGAGGAUGCUCGAAGGAAAGCCCAUGAACUUUUUACACAGCAUGAAGGUGUGAGGUGGUAUUCAGAGCAAAAACUACUGAAGAGAUCUAAAAGGAGUUUGCACUUUAAUGACCCCAAAUAUCCACAGCAGUGGCACUUGCACAAUGCUCGAAAUCCUGGAAUGGACAUUAAUGUUACCGGGGUGUGGGAAAGGAAUGUGACUGGUCGUGGGGUCACUGUGGUGGUUGUGGAUGAUGGAGUCCAACACACUAUCCAAGACAUCCAGCCAAAUUAUAGCCCUGAGGGUAGCUAUGAUUUGAACUCUAAUGACCCAGACCCAAUGCCUCACCCUGAUGGUGGCAGUGACAACCGUCAUGGGACUCGCUGUGCUGGGGAAAUUGCUGCAGUUCCCAAUAACAGUUUUUGUGCAGUUGGUGUGGCCUUUGGCAGCCGGAUUGCAGGAAUCCGUGUCCUGGAUGGACCUCUUACAGACAGCAUGGAAGCUAUUGCAUUCAACAAGCACUAUCAGAUCAAUGAUAUCUAUAGCUGCAGCUGGGGUCCUGAUGAUGAUGGUAAAACAGUAGAUGGCCCUCAUCAGCUUGGAAAGGCCGCACUGCAGCAUGGAGUAAUUGCUGGACGUAAGGGAUUUGGGAGUAUUUUUGUGGUUGCUAGUGGUAAUGGAGGCCAGUUUAGCGAUAACUGUAACUACGACGGAUACGCUAACUCCAUCUACACUGUUACCAUAGGUGCAGUUAAUGAAGCGGGUAAAAUGCCAUUUUAUGCAGAGGAGUGUGCAUCAAUGUUAGCAGUGACCUUUAGUAGUGGUGACAAAUUGAUGAGGAGUAUUGUGACAUCUGACUGGAAUCUGCAGAAAGGGACAGGAUGCACUGAAGGUCACACAGGGACUUCUGCAGCUGCACCUAUUGCAGCCGGGAUGAUCGCUCUAAUGUUGCAGGUCCGUCCAUGUCUGACGUGGAGGGAUAUCCAGCAUAUCAUUGUGUUCACAGCUACCAAGUAUGAAGAUCGUCAGGCAGCCUGGGAAACUAAUGGAGCUGGUUUUAGCCAUAGUCAUCAGCAUGGAUUUGGACUGUUAAACGCCUGGCGUCUCACCAAUGCAGCUAAGGUAUGGGAGUCAGUACCCUAUUUAGCGUCAUAUAUUAGCCCUGUGUUUAAAGAGCGCAAACAGAUUCCUCUAAUGCCUAAUACACUUGAAGUAUACUGGAAUGUGACUACUGCCGACCUCCACCUCUCUGGAAUGAAGACACUAGAACAUGUGGCAGUAACAGUAACUAUUGCACAUCCAUGUCGUGGAAAUCUAGAGAUUCGUCUGUUUUGUCCAAGUGGUAUGUCCUCACUUAUUGGAGCCACUCGUAGGAUUGACAUGGACCCAAAUGGUUUCUCAGACUGGACGUUUUCCACAGUCCGGUGCUGGGGAGAGAGUGCAGAAGGAACUUACAGAAUGGUGGUUAGUGAUAUAGGUGAUGAGUCUCUUCGACCUGGUGUUUUGCAGCAAUGGCAAUUAACACUUUAUGGAUCCUCCUGGUCCUCUGAGGAUGUAGCAGAAAGAAGGAGGGUGGUUGAAGAUGCACAAAGUGGAAAAUUUCUAAACAGUAACUUUUCUCUUCCUUGUCCUCCUGGUCUUUUGAUUGCUGAACAGGAAGGCUAUAUCAUCACCAACAACACUCUUCGGACAUUGUUGCUCUUGGGCUGUUUUGCUGUAUUCUGGUCCCUCUAUUACACAUUGGAGUUGUACUGGUCUCGGGGUCCUAGCAACGGAGAUUUGGAUCUGAGCUGUGAGGAAUCAAACUGCAGCUGGUCCUGUUCCCAAAGAACUCCAAGCCCACAAGAUCUUGAGGUGGGCAGUGAGUCAGUGCCCUUGUUUGGGGUGGAGCAAGAAGAAGAAAAUGAGGUCACUCCACCCCACAUGUACCAUACCUCACAGCCAGGCAGAACACGAAGUCCUACAGAUCUCAGACACUUGACCUCUGAGCUCUAACUACAGAAAGGCGGAAGCGCACUGGAUGCCUGCAACCCUGAUAGGACUGAAUGUGGCAUAAUGAAUGUUGAAUGCAUAAUUAUGAAUGUGAUGGAAGUCUCAGAAAUAGACUUGUUUUUUAUAUUUUUUUUUGCAAAAUGGCGAGACCACAAUGACUUUGAAGUGCACACUAUCUUAUUGGUAAUGUAUUGCACUGGUACAUGCCUUCCAUCAAUGUGGCAUUUAGCAUCUCUGCUAAAAGUGGAAGGCACCUAUGCUUUUGACUGAGACGGACAGGUUGUUAGGGAGGCAGUUUAUAUAGAUCUGCUGCCAUCAUAUGAUCCAGUUUGUCUCUUCAUUUAUAUUUGCCUAGAUUUGCACAUGAGGAGUAUCCAAAUUUAGACCCAAAAUUCUUCAGACUAUAUUUUGUAGUUACAAUAUGAACAUAAACAUGGUAUUGAUCAGGGGCAAAUUUACCAAAGUUUAAAAAAGUUACUUUUCCCAUUAGAGUUUGCCAGUAAUCCCACUGGAUUAAUAUAACAUUCUCACUUGGUUAUAAAAGCUUCCCCGCUCCACCACUGUGUUUUUUACCAUUGCUCAUCAGAUAGGGCAACUUAUAUAAUAAUGUUUUAUUCACUCACAAAAUAACAAGAAAAUGCUGGAACAUCCCAUUGUUUUCAGGGACAAAUUGGUUUUUAAGGAAAAAUAUUUUUUUUUCUUCUCAAGUGCUGAUGUAUCUGCCCCCCGAGCCUGCUCCCAAUUUAUUAAGAUGCCAUAUUUACUCAACACAAAUAUUAGUAUUGUCCGUUUGCUGUGUAGCUUAUAGAAAUAAUCAGAUGGAACAUCUCUAGUGUGGACCAUGUUAAGUAAAAAUAUGUUCUACUCCUAGUUACAUUUACCAACAAAAGUGUUAGGCUAUGUCAGAAGGAAGGCACAUCUUGGCAGUAUUGCACUUAUAGCGCAGUCAUUGCCUGGUCAGAGUGGCACUGGGGUGGAGGAACCCCUGCUGCUGUCUCUAUAGGCUUAUAGUAAUGUCUGCUUUGCUGUUUUUCAGAGCCACCCCUCCCAGAUAUCAUAGCCUUGAGGUAUCCACCUAGAUAUUUAUGGCUGCAGCAUUUUAGUGGCAUCUUGCUGGAAAGCCAUAAAAGAGCUAGAUGCCUUGUACCAUGAAGAGCUUUUUGCAAAUUCUAGGCUAACAUCUGCAGUGAUUUGAUUGGUUGAUGUUAUCUAGCAUCACACAACUUGUUUCUGAUUUUAAAGGAACAGUAACACC